AUGGAGCAAAAAAACAAGACCAGAGUAACUGAGUUCAUCCUCCUUGGCUUUCAGAAUGAAAAAGAAGUAGAAAUACUUCUCUUCAUUGUAUUCCUUUUUAUGUAUAUGACAUCCCUAAUUGGGAAUACCAUGAUUAUCCUUUUAGUGUGUGUUGACUAUCGUCUGCACUCACCUAUGUAUUUUUUUGUAGCCAACCUUUCUUUCCUUGAGCUCACCAUCACCUCCACCGUAGUGCCAAAGAUGCUCGCCAACACCUUUUCACUCACUAAAGUAAUAUCUUUUAUGGGAUGUCUUACACAGUCUUUCUUCUACUUCCUCUUUGGAUCCACAGAAUUCUUCAUCCUGGCUGUCAUGUCUUUUGACAGAUAUGUUGCCAUUUGUAAUCCAUUGAGGUACACCAUGAUCAUGAACAAAGAGACGUGUAUACUCUUGCUUUUGGGGUCCUAUGUGGGUGCAUUUUUAUCAGUUUUGGGACCAUCCAUUGUAACUGGGCCUCUGCCGUUUUGUGGGCCAAAUGUAAUCAAUCAUUUUUUCUGUGACAGUGCUCCAGUGCUCAAGCUAGUCUGUGCAGAUAUCUCUCUGGCUGAGCUAGCUGAUUUCCUCUCCUCCGCUGUGUUGCUCUUGGGGUCCCUGCUCCUGACAGUAGUGUCUUACACCUAUAUUGUCAUUACUAUCCUUAGGAUUCCUUCUGUUCAGGGACGGCAGAAGGCUUUUUCCACGUGUGUUUCCCAUAUUACAGUGGUUACAAUAUAUUAUGGGAGCUCCAUCUUCAUCUAUGUUCGUCCAAAGAAGAGCAAUGUUAUGGAUGUUAACAAGUUUGCCACAGUUCUGAACACCAUUGUAACACCAAUGCUGAAUCCUUUUAUUUACAGUCUCCGGAAUGAGAAAGUCAAAGAAUCCCUAAGAGAUGUAUUCAGUAAAUAUGUAGGUAGACUAACAGAUAAAAGAUCUCAAAAAUGA